CAUUCCGCGUCUGUACCUCCGACGAGUCGGUCGUACCGCUCGUCUUUUGUGUGUGUUGUGGUUCCUUGUAUCUUAGGCGCCGCACGGAGCCGCCCUUCCAUCCUCGCAAAUUACGGGCAGUGCCCGGCCGCGCAGCGGCUCGUUGAUUUUUUUAUUAUUUGUAAAGUGCGUUUUUUUUUGUUCUGCCUGUGACAAAGUGUUCUGUGAAGUGUCCAAGUGACUGUCACCAUGGCUAUCGUCACCGGAAUUACCGCCCUCCUGGCGCUGAUCGCUUGCGGAUUAGUGCUCUGUGAGGAUGAGACUAUAGGCCCAAUAUUCAUAAAAGAACCUCCAAAUCGAGUGGACUUUAGCAACACGACCGGCGCCGUAGUGGAGUGUGCUGUCCGCGGAUCCCCACCUCCCGAUGUCAUCUGGGUACGAUCUGAUGGAACUGCUGUUGGAGAUGUUCCUGGACUUCGACAGGUGUUACCGAACGGCAACCUAGUCUUUCCACCGUUUCGCGCUGAGGAUUACCGGCAAGAAGUUCACGCUCAGGUCUAUGCCUGUCUCGCUAGAAACCCCGUUGGUACUAUUCAUUCCCGAGACGUUAAUGUCCGAGCUGUUGUCUCGCAAGCAUACGCUGUAAAUCUAUUAGAAGAGUAUGUCCUCAGAGGAAACGCAGCUAUAUUAAAAUGUCACAUACCCAGUUUCGUCUCAGAAUACGUUGUGGUUGUUUCAUGGAUCAUCAGUGAAGGUGAAGAGGAGCUCGAAAUCAAAUUAGAGUCUCCCAAAAAUUUUGAUGACGGCAAAUACUUGGUUCUACCAUCUGGUGAAUUACAUAUAAGAGAUGUAGGACCAGAGGAUGGAUACAAGUCAUACCAAUGUCGUACUAAGCACAGACUGACUGGUGAAACUCGUCUUUCUGCCACAAAGGGACGUUUAGUCAUCACUGAACCAAUCAGUUCUAAAUCACCUGCCUUUGCUUCCGAAGAUAAGUUAUCAUUUUUCAAAUUGAGGCCAGUGGGACACAGUUUAGCUUUACUUUGUCGGGCGCAGGGUUAUCCGGUUCCAAAUUACAGAUGGUACAAGUUUAUUGAAGGCAGCAGUAGAAAGCAACCAGUUACACUCGAUGACAGAGUAAAGCAGGUUUCAGGAACACUCAUAAUCAAAGAGGCUAAAGUGGAAGACUCUGGGAAAUAUUUGUGCGUAGUCAACAAUUCUGUUGGUGGUGAAUCGGUUGAAACCGUGCUAACAGUAACAGCUCCGCUAAAAGCAACAGUAGAACCGGCGACGCAAACGGUGGACUUCGGAAGACCAGCCGUAUUCACAUGUCGAUAUGAAGGAAAUCCUGUAAAGACUAUAACUUGGUUAAAAGAUGGCAAGGACAUGAAACACCACGACCCGAUUUUAAGGAUAGAAUCAGUGAAGAAAGAAGACAAGGGGAUGUACCAGUGUUUUAUUAGAAACGAUCAAGAAAGUGCUGGAGCUAGUGCAGAACUGAAACUUGGAGGAAGAUUCGAACCACCACUAAUCCGCCAUAGCUUUGGUGAGCAAACUUUGCGAUCAGGCCCGUCUCUCAGACUGAAAUGCGUCGCGUCUGGUAAUCCAACUCCCGACAUUGCUUGGCUCCUGGACGGCGACAAACUGAAUAGCGGAGAACGCUUGCAGAUAGGACAAUUCGUUACGGCUGAUGGCAACGUUGAAUCUCAUUUAAAUAUCUCUUCUGUACACACCAACGAUGGCGGAUUGUACUCUUGCAUUGCGUCUAGCAAGGUGGGAAGCGUGUCACAUUCAGCUCGCGUGAACGUCUACGGUCUACCCUACGUACGCCCCAUGAAGAAACGCCCUGUCGUCGCCGGAGACACCCUUAUCGCCCACUGCCCUGUUGCCGGCUAUCCCAUAGACUCUAUUGUUUGGGAAAGAGACGGAAGGGUACUGCCCAUUAACCGCAAGCAGAAAGUGUUCCCUAAUGGUACUCUAGUAAUCGAGAACGUGGAGCGAAUGAGCGACCAGGCCACCUACACUUGCGUUGCUAAGAACUCACAAGGUUACAGUGCAAGAGGAACUUUAGAACUUCAAGUUAUGGUUCCUCCAAAAAUAGCACCUUUUUCUGCCGGGUCAGAGCCGGCUUUUCUUGGUGAUUAUUUUGCACUUCAAUGCAUUAUAACACACGGCGAUCAACCGGUACAAAUCGAGUGGACGGUCAAUAAUAAGUCAGCUAACUCCCUCUCUGGAGCUCGCGUCAGUAACGUGGACCGAAGAAGUAGUGUUCUCACGAUAGAGUCAGUGGACGCGAAACACGCCGGCCUAUAUAAUUGUACAGCAAGCAAUGGUGCAGGCGUCGCUUCGCACAGCACGGAGCUUAUAGUAAAGGUUCCACCCGUGAUAGUGCCGUUCAAUUUCGGAGAGGUGCCAUCCAACCCUGGAGACACAGCGGUAGUAAACUGCGUUGUUACAAAGGGUGACUUGCCUCUCGAAAUAUCGUGGACGUUUAGCAGCGAGACAAUAGAUUCAACCCAGCAACGAGACAUCACAACGACUCCGCUAGGACCACGCGCCUCAGUACUCACCAUCAAUUCAGUGAGCGCUAACCACCAAGGAAACUACACAUGUAUUGUACAGAACGAGGCUGGCCGCGCGGAGUACGUGGCAACCCUCAUCGUAAAUGUUCCUCCUCGCUGGAUUCUUGAGCCUACAGAUAAAGCAUUUGCACAAGGCUCUGAUGCUAAAGUAGAAUGUAAAGCCGAUGGUUUUCCAAAGCCCCAAGUGACAUGGAAGAGGGCUGAAGGAGACACUCCUGGCGAUUACAAAGACCUUAAACCGAACAAUCCUAACGUGAAAGUUGAGGAUGGUACUUUAUCUAUUUCAAAUAUUCAAAAGACAAACGAAGGCUAUUACCUUUGCGAAGCCGUUAAUGGAAUUGGAUCUGGAUUGUCAGCUGUCAUUCUUAUUAGCGUUCAGGCUCCUCCACAAUUUGAGAUUAAGAUGAGGAAUCAAACUGCUCGACGAAGUGAACCCGCUGUACUACAAUGCCAAGCUAAGGGUGAAAAGCCCAUCGGUAUCAUUUGGAACAUGAACAACAAGCGACUUGAGCCUAAAUCCGAUCCCCGAUACACGAUCCGCGAAGAGAUUUUGCCUGGUGGUGUUGUAUCCGAUCUUAGUAUUCGGCGAACCGAACGAGCUGACAGUGCACUUUUCACGUGCGUCGCCACUAACGCUUUUGGCUCUGAUGAUACUAGCAUCAAUAUGAUUAUUCAAGAGGUACCUGAAACUCCAUACGGCUUAAAGGUGCUAGACAAAUCUGGCAAGACUGUUCAGUUAUCUUGGGCUGCUCCUUACGAUGGAAACUCGCCAAUCAAAAAGUACCUCAUUGAAUACAAACACGCUAAGGGCAACUGGGAAAAGGAUAUUGACAGGGUUCUCGUACCUGGUGAUACGACUGAGGCUGGAGUGUACAGGCUGCGCCCUGCCACCACAUACCACAUCAGGAUUGUCGCUGAGAAUGAACUAGGAACAUCUGAGCCUUCAGAAACUGUGACCAUCAUUACUGCUGAAGAGGCGCCCACUGGUCCACCACAAGACGUUAAAGUUGAUGCUGUGGACAAACAUACGCUUAGAGUUACGUGGAAACCACCACCACCUAAGGAUUGGAAUGGCGAACUCCAAGGGUACUACGUUGGUUAUAAACUGGCCUCAAGCAACAAGUCUUUCGUAUUCGAAACUGUUGAUAUCUCAAAGGAAUCUGGUAAAGAGCAUCACUUGGACAUUCUGAAUCUGAAAACCUAUACGCAAUAUUCAGUAGUCGUUCAAGCUUUUAACAAGAUGGGUUCUGGACCAGUUUCAACAGAAGUAAAGGCUUAUACCGCUGAAGGUGCUCCCUCUGCUCCACCACAAGAUGUGCUUUGCACUACCCUCACUGCCCAGACGAUUCGAGUUUCAUGGAUCUCUCCUCCUUUGGCUUCUGCUAAUGGACUUAUUAAAGCCUACAAGGUGGUCUAUGGACCCAGCGAAACUUGGUAUGACGAAAAGACAAAAGACACUAAGAUUACGGCUAGCAGCGAGACUAUUCUUCAUGGACUUAAAAAAUACACGAACUACUCAAUGGAAGUGCUUGCAACAACCAAUGGAGGUGACGGUGUCAGGUCUGCUCCUAUUCACUGCCAGACUGAGCAGGACGUACCCGAAGCACCACGAGCUGUGAAAGCGCUAGUUAUGGGACCUGAUUCGAUUCUCGUUUCCUGGAGGCCGCCAGCGCAGCCAAAUGGUGUUGUCACCCAUUACAACGUAUACACCCAAGCUCAGAACGCUGAACCUCAUCCUAACAAGGUACUAGCAUCUCAAACUAGCUACUCCGCAACUGAUUUAAAACCAGGCCGCUACGACUUCUGGGUCACUGCUUCUACAAUUAUUGGUGAAGGUCAACCGUCAGCCACAGCAUCUUGCAGCCCUAGCGACAAAGUGCCAGCAAAGAUUGCAUCUUUCGACGAGUCUUUCACUGCCACAUACAAGGAAGAUGUUAAAUUGCCCUGUCUCGCUGUAGGUGUACCUCCUCCUAACAUUCUAUGGAAGGUAAAAGGCCAGCCCCUAGAAGCAUCUGAGCGUGUACGACAACUGCCCGAAGGUUCGCUUCAAAUUGCUGGUGUAGCUCGUGAAGACGCUGGGGAAUAUUCAUGCCAUGUUGAUAAUCAGUUCGGCACUGACACUGUUACACACACACUUUCUGUCCUUGCACCACCAUUCCCACCGCAACUGAGCAUCGCGGCUUCCUCUGUAUCCUCGCUAACUCUUCGCCUGAAGCCUUCUGAAGAUGCCGACCAGUCGCCAGCUGCCGGCUACACCAUCCAUCAUAAACAGGAAUUCGGAGAUUGGGAAACUGUUCAGAUUCCUAGCAACACUGAUACCUACACUCUAGAAAACCUGCUGUGUGGUUCUAGAUAUCAGCUUUACGUAACUGCUUACAACGGAAUCGGCACCGGUGAAGCCUCAGACGUAGUAAUUGCUCGUACUCGCGGAUCCAAGCCUCCGGUGCCUCGCGCUGCUGAGUUUAUCGAAGUAGGAAGCUCAUCGGUGACCCUGCAUCUGAAACAGUGGCUAGACGGCGGUUGUCCCAUGAGCCAUUUCGUUGUGGAGAAUAAAAAGAAGGGUGCUGCUGAAUGGAACCAGAUUUCUAACACGGUGAAACCUGGCGGCAACUUUGUCGUACUCGACCUGGAACCGGCCACUUGGUAUGUGUUAAGAAUAACUGCACACAACAAUGCUGGCUUUAACGUCGCCGAAUAUGAGUUCGCUACGUUGACCAUGACCGGAGGAACCAUCGCUCCAUUGCCCGGCAACUCUUACGCAGGCAGGGAACUGCCCCCUUGGGUGAAGGCUUGGUUGGAACCAGAAGUCUUAGUCCCGAUCCUUAUGACUAUAGUAGUAUUCGUCGUGGGAGUGGUGGUGAUCUGCUUGACCUUAGCGCGUAGGAACACGCCUCACCGUCUGCGAGGUCAGAAGGACGUGUACUAUGAUGCAGUAUACAACGCGUCGCAAGCUGCUCUAGGUGGAGGCACUGGCACUUUGGACAAACGUGGUGGACUCCGUGAUGAACUUGGCUACAUUGCCCCUCCAAACCGCAAACUACCCCCCGUUCCUGGAUCUAACUAUAACACAUGCGAUCGUGUGAAGAGGCAGGCCGUCAUUAUGGGCGCGCACUCAACGUGGGACCCACGCAGGCAUCACUACGAGCGUGUGCGGAGGCCGCGCAUGCGCCGCGUGGGCUCGGGUGAUACUAUAUCGACAGGCAUGGAAGACGAAAUAUGCCCGUACGCAACGUUCCACCUGCUAGGCUUCCGCGAAGAGAUGGACCCGAGCAAGGCAUUGGCGUUUCCCCACCACCACGCAGCCCACGCUGGUACUCUGGCCCAUCCGCAUCCCCACCACCCGGCUCAUUCUCGAACUGGAUCUCAGAGCAUGCCCCGUGCCAAUAGCCGCUAUGCCCGCAAGAACUCUCAAGGAGGACAAAGCGCCAUCUACUCGACUGCUCCUGAAUACGACGACCCGGCCACCUGCGCUGAAGAGGAUCAAUACCGCGCCCGCUACUCCCGCCCCAUGUACGCCUGCGGUCCCGAGUACGACGAACCUGCUUGCUGCGCUCCGGAAGACGAACAAUACACCGGCGCUUACGGCACUCCCUACUCUGAUCACUAUGGCUCGCGCCCUAGCAUUGGAACUCGCAAGUGCGGCGGAUCCCCCGAGCCUCCCCCACCACCACCCCGCAAUGCCAACAACGAUAACAACUGUUCCUCCUCUUUCAACGAGAGCAAGGAUUCCAACGAGAUCUCCGAAGCCGAAUGUGACCAGCCACGCAACUAUCCUGAAGACGUCAGGGCCCACACUGCCAAGGACGGCUUGCACAGCGAGGAAAUGAGGAAACUCAUUGACAGACCAGAAGCAAGCACCCCAAUCCCCCAGCAAGCAGUCCACGGGCGGGGACUCACAGCCUACGAUACUGUGGCAGUGUAACUUGUAAACUGCAGACGCGAACACCAACACAGAUUUCUCAUUUCCCAUCAACCAUUGCCAUUUUGCUUUGGCGAUGUCACUCGCUUCUUCUAUUAUACUUUCUAAGUAGUUUCAGUAAUUUCUGUAUUCCAUAUAAGCUUCAGGACAGCAGUAUUGUGCUCAGUGUACUCGUGCCAAAUCUACAUUAUUUUUACCAAAUUUUUCAUUGUGUAUCGCGUUUCUGUGUAACGUUUAUUUUUAAAUUUACCCCAACUUAGUUGGCUGGAUCAUUUUAGGUAACAAUGACGCGCACAUGUGUGCCAUUAAUAAAUGUUAGUCCUCGUUUUGGGCUCAAUUUGCUCGAAGACGAUAUGCUGAGUUGGAAGAUUAUAUAUAUAGCAUCUACCCUUCCUACGUAGAAAUAUAAAGCACGCCACUUUAGUUACCAAAUAAAAAAAAACAGAAAAUCAUGGUUGUGGUAGUUAUUUGAAAUUGAUAUUUUGCUUAAUAGAGUUGGCGUGUGCGUAAACCUACCCAAGUGAUGCAUAUUAAUCCUACCCGCCCAACUCGGCACGUCGCUGCGAACGUCUAAUGUAUUAACAGUACAUUAAAAUUAACUUUAUUUUGGUUUAUUUGUUUAGCUUAAUUUAAACAAAGGUUCUAGAGCAGCUGGCUUUGGGGUGUGGCGAGUAUCGAUUUAAAUUAAGCUCAACAUGUAAUAUUGUGAUAUUUUGUAUUUUUUAUCCCAUUUUAAUUUUUAUACUAACAUAAACGUUAUUUAUAUUUGUGUACUCGUAGGAAUUAGAUAAAAUGCAACCACUGGGUUGUUUCGAUGCUUCCUUUAAUGUUAUUACGGUUUUUGUAAUGCUUUUUACCAUUUGCGUUAUUGCCAAGUCCUAAUUUGUGUUAUUGUACGAUGUUUUUAUUUCGCAUUUAAGCAACACUAUUUAGAAUUAAGGAUAGUCGUAUACUCGUAAGCUUCUUUAUUAGCAAAUAAUCAACUUUUAAACAAAGUACUCUAUAUAACCUGUAGCUAGUUAGUAACGUAUGUGUUACUCAAUAUUUAAAAUUAAAGGUAACCAACAUUAGGUACAUUAAUCUACGUUAUAUACUGGACCGAAUCUAAAAAACAUAAUAGUCAACAGUUACCCGAUGAAAUAACAGGAAUCAUACACGUCUUUAAAUCAUCACAAAUAAAAAUAAACGAGAAUAUUGACAUGGAAUUUAAAGCUUUUUAAUAUUACUCUAGUAUGAUAAGAUUUUUAUUAAUAGUAAUUUUAUCUUUCUAUAUGAUACGCAAAUGAUUAGAGAUAAGACACACGAGUGUCAUUUUUUAGAUGUUUCCCUUAUAUGUUGUGCAUCGUCGUGUAAGCUUCGCAAGGUAGGCUUGUAGUUAGGUUCUCGCGACUUCCUAGAAACUGAUAUCUUCUCGUAACCUUCCACUUAGAAAAUUGAAUUAAUGAAAUAUAAGUAAUUAAAAUUAAAGUGAAUCAAAUUGAAUAAGAACUUUUGACGACAAUAUAGAUACAUUCUUCAAAAAGUGGAAAUUUAUACAUAUGGCUAAUUUUAUUUGGAGUAUUUUG